AUGGAUCUCGACUCCGGUGACUCCCCAUGGGGCGAUGAGCCCUCGCACUUCAAAAGCGACCAGGCCCCGUCGAAGCCAAUGACUGAGGAGGAGGCGACCGCCCAACUUCAGGCCGACAGCGGCCCCGCCGUUCGUUCGCCGCCCACCAGACGAGGCCCGCGAGGAACGCGCAAGAUUAGUGCCCAGGCCACACGACUAGAAGCCGUCGAUAACACCGUUGAUCCGCUCGGCCCGCUGGGAGAACCCCCGUCCGAGACUACUCCAACCGCCGAUGAAGCCCCAGCACCGCCUCAGAAGGAACCGUUCGCUGCACGCGGUACGCGCCCACUUUCGUCGCCCUCUCAAGCUUCUAGUGGGGGAAUAGGAGACUCGGUCACUCUAGAAGAGGAUGGUGGCGGAUUCCGAGGCCCCCCGCCCGUGCAACUGCCGGUGGAUGCUGAGGGCGCAAAACGGCAAUCACAGCCUAGUGUCAGUGUGGAACAGGCCGCGAAGCCGACAUUUGACAUCAACGUGGGGGAUCCGCACAAAGUGGGAGAUCUAACAAGCAGUCACACCGUCUAUCAAGUCCGGACAAAGACUACAUCCAAGGCAUACCGCGUGCCUGAAUUCGCCGUCAGCCGGCGAUACCGCGACUUCCUUUGGCUUUAUAACUCUCUACACAACAGUAACCCGGGAGUGGUUGUUGCGCCUCCGCCCGAGAAGCAGGCUGUUGGCCGCUUCGAUACGAAUUUCGUCGAGUCCCGGAGAGCUGCGCUUGAGCGGAUGCUGAACAAAAUUGCGGCUCAUCCGAUCCUCCAACAUGAUGCGGAUUUGAAAAUCUUCUUGGAGAGUGAGGCGUUCACCGCUGAUGUCAAGAACAAGGAGAACCGGGAGCCGGAUAUUGGUCAGAGCAAAGGCAUGCUGAGCUCGUUCGGCAUUUCCGUCGGGGGAGGCGGCAAGUUCGUGGAGCACGACGAUUGGUUCCACGACCGCAAGAUCUAUCUGGAUGCUUUGGAGAACCAACUGAAAGGGCUGCUAAAAGCCAUCGAUACGGUAGUUGCGCAGCGCAAGGGUCUUGCCGACGCCGCGGGCGACUUUUCGGGUUCCCUUCACGCCUUGGCCGCGGUCGAGCUGUCUCCCGCGCUGUCCACCCCGCUAGACGGGUUGUCAGAACUGCAGCUGCGCAUUCGCGAGCUAUAUGAGCGUCAGGCGCAGCAGGACGUUUUGACGCUCGGGAUCACGAUCGACGAGUACAUCCGCCUGAUUGGCAGCGUUAAGAUGGCAUUUUCACAGCGGCAAAAGGCCUUCCACAGCUGGCAUGCCGCCGAGUCAGAUUUACAAAAACGCAAGCACACGCAAGAUAAGUUGCUGCGCCAAGGCAAGUCUCAGCAAGACCGACUGAACCAGGUUAAUGCCGAUGUGGCCGAUGCGGAGCGCAAGGUCCACCAGACACGGCUUUUGUUUGAGGAUAUGGGUCGCUUGAUGCGGAAUGAGUUACAGAGGUUCGAGAAGGAGAAGGUAGAGGACUUUAAGUCUGGCGUGGAGACAUUUCUGGAGAGUGCCGUCGAGGCUCAGAAGGAGUUGAUUGAACUUUGGGAGACAUUCUUAUUGCAACUGGACGCCGGCGAAGAGGGUCUUCCCUAUUACGUCCCUCCAUCGACGGCUGGCGAGAGCGGCGAGGGAUCUGCCCCGGCGUCUGCUAGCGGCGAACCAGCCGCCGUGGCCGCGGAAGAUGAGUCGUGA